CGAAACCCGAGAAAGCGUGAAUGGCACGCUUCGUUGUUGGAAAGGAUUCCACGGCAGCGCACAAUAGGUGAGAGCAGCCACUAGGAGGUCAAUAGGGAAGGAUGAGACGUCUCGAUCCCGACAACCAUGCACCAAGAACGGACCCCCCUCCGUUUCGAGUCCUCGGAGUGGUUGGACCAAAUCAGCUGGCACCCCCGUCGCCGCCACCCCCCAGAGCUCCGGAGCCCUACAAGGUCGCAUCCCCUGGGAAUUAUUCGACCAGGGCCCACCGACGCUCCAGUUUCGUCAUCCUGGCCGAAAACCAGCCGACCUCGACGCCGACCUCGAGGAGUACCUCGCCUACCUUGGCCACCGGAAGGGCGUCGCCAUUUCGAGGUCGAGGCUUUAAAGGCCCGCCUCCGCACGCGCAAUCAAGGCCGCAGACCCCUGAGAACGCAUCGCGCCGGAAAAGAGGAAGAUUCGAUAAAAGGGUGUCGGUCUCGCAGCAGAACAGUCCCAAGCGCAGCCUCAUCCCCAGGCCGACGAGACAGCGCUCGAUUUCGCUGAGCAAAUCCGAGGAGAGACUCGCUUCUCCGAAGCCGGUCAGGCGAUUUACAUCCAGAGGGUCCAUCAACAUCGGCGCGAAGACAUCGGUGGGACGAAGCGCGUCCUUAAAGGUCCCAGGACUGUCUCCCAUCCAAGGCACCCCUACGAAGCCUGCGGAUAAGGGAGGAGGCGAGCAGGAACCUAGAAGCAAGAGGUCCUCUCCGGCGAAGUUCGGGAGGAACUCGGUGUUGCCACCUAAAGGAGCGUCCUCGUCGAGGCAGUCCAUCAAGGAGAAGUCCCCGAACAAGAGGACUCCUAGUUCGCCAUCUAGGAUCCCCUUGAAGAGAGGGCUCGUGAAGGGAAAGGGCGUCCCCUCGCAGUCGCCAUCCAAAACUCAAUCUUCCAAGCCGUCCAGGACCUCGGACCUCCCCGUCAAACGCUUCAUCGAGAUCCCGGACAGCAACUCCAAGAAAGCAGGAGUCGGUGGCUCCGGUUCGACCAAAUCAGAGGCUGGGGGAAGUGGACCCUCGAACGAGAACGCCAGAUUUAUUGGCGACAUCGCGAAAGUCGGGGAAGUCGACGACGGCCUGGGUCUGAUAGACUUGCUGAAGCAGACCUCUGGAGCGACGGGAACGUCCAGCGUCGUGAACACGACAACGGCCACUGCUGUCAAGCCACUGCACAUAGACGCCAUUCCAGUUUCGAGCGACCUGGAACUUGGGACCAAAUCCGCCAGUCCAAAAUCCGCGGAAGGUGGGAUCAACCCUGGAGCGCAGGGGACGACGAAGCAGCAGGAGCCUCCAUCGGCGAGUCAACCCCCAGACUCGAAGAAUGGCACUCAAAGCGCCCAACAACCGUCAACCGCGAGUAUGCAGAUGGCCAAAGGAGGGAACGAUUCCUCGGCGAGGUCCAACAUCGGUGGAAACGGAGAUGGCAAGAAGGAAGUCCUUAUCAACGGUGCCAACCAGUCCGGUCGGGCAGGACACUCGAAGACGAGCAGUUCCGGCCAAUCCCUCGGGGGUGCAGGGAAGUCAAACCCCGCAGAAGGUACCUCGACUCCUGGAGCCCAUGCAAACGGGAGGAAGAACCAAAACAACGUCCUGGGCGACCCAGUGACCGCGAAACAGGAGAUGUCCACUGCAGACUCCACUAACACUGGGAAGAGGAGUCCAGGUUCCGAGAUCCUGAGCGCGAAGAUGGCUUCCAAGGUCCAGGAUGUCGAGAUGAGGGGACAAUCGGGGGAACGUGCCGUGGAGAAGUCCAAUGGUCGGCUGGAGAAGACUGGGGCGAUGCAGGCUAACGUGGAGGAGCAGGCCAUGACUUCCGGUGUCGAGUCGGAGGGUAAGAACGGGGAUGGUCGGCAGAAGGCGAACGGUAGGGACGACAGAAGAACGUCCAACAGGCUGGUGAGCUCCGCGAAGAGGGUGAUCGGUGCGGUGAAUAUGGGAAGGACGAACGGGGUGAAGAAGGGCAAGGAUGGACCAAACGGUCGCAGUGGGAACGUCUCGGCGAACUCGUCGACGGAGAUGUCCAGCGGUUCCUUGGGCAGCGUCCGGUCGACGGACACAGGGGUGAGCUUGAACACCGUCCGUGGGGUCUCUUCGGCCAGGGAGAAGGAGGGCAUGCACCUGGUGGAGAAGCCGCGGGAAAUCGAGACCCUCAGCGGGAACCUGGCGCACCUGGAAAGCAACGGGGAGCCGACGGUUCCGGCAAGUCCCGACGAGGACGAGGAGGAACUAGUUCAGAGUAGGUUCGCCCGCCUUAAGAGGUUCCUGAGUAAUCGCUGCAAGUGCUGCUCGAGGUGCGACGGAAUGAGGUGCCUGGCUUGCAGAAGAGGUCCCAAGGGACAGACUUGGCCCACCAGGAACGUCGAGGAUGCUCCUCCAAAUCUCGAGAGGCAGAGCUGCUGGGCCAGACUGAAAUCGGCGUGCAGGUGUCCAAAGUGUCCUCGAAGCAAGUGCUGCGGAAAAGGGGCCCGGGUUGCCCCCGCAGAGAGCACGACGUGCUGUCCUCCUGAACGAAGAUGCGCUGCCCUGUGUCGGAAUUUGUUUUCGCGCUGCAAGUGCAAGCGCAAAGAGCCGCAGCGUAUGAGGAGCAUACGUGCGAAGCACAGUCUCACCAGCGUCGCUGCUCCACCUUUGUCGGAGGAACCAAAAGAAAAAAUCCCGGAGGUCCUGGUGGAGCACAACUCGGUGAUGCGAGGAGCCAUUCCCUGCCUGCCGGUGCCUCUUGCUUGGUUCUGUCUGGUCUGGAACGUCCUGAUACCCGGAUCAGGGACUUUGUGGAGUGGGCUUUUCAAUUUGUGCGCCGGCCAGCCGCGGUUCUCCACCGUGGCUGGACCUAAAGCAAGGCUUGGAGCGUUCAUUGUCAACCUGAUCGUUAGUGUCAGUCAAUUGUUCACCGUUUUGUUCUGCCUUGUUGGCUGGGGAUGGAGCAUCUGGUGGGGUAUCACCAUGAUCCGCCUUGCGAGAAAGUACAAGCGAUUUCGAGCUUCCGAAGCAGCCGCUGGCGACCCGGAAGCGAGGAUGAACGACGCAACGGGGUUGCCACCCGGUGUACCGAGUCAUGCCCUGCGAGGGCUCGAGAGGUCGCGAUAACCUCGCAAAUCCAAAUCGUCCAGGGUUUCUGAGCGGAUCUCCAGUCCUCUCGCACGUUCCGGAUCGAUCAGUGGUUCCUAAAUGGCAAGCACCGAAUUUCGACGGAUUAAAAUCCCACUCGAGCCGGACUAAUGAAUGUUCAAUCUCUAAUCGAAGCGCCCCGGCGGCGCGAUAAGGGUACUCACCUGUUAACCGCUUCCAGAUAAGAAUUGCCGAAUCCGCAUCCGGAGGAACCUCGACCUCGGCCAUGGAGGAGGGCUCCGGGGUCUCGUUGCUUUCAGUGAAAGCAUUAUACGGCACGUGAGGCUGCAAAAUGCGCAUCGUGUUGACCAGGGUUUAUCUCCGAGGAACAGCCGCUCGGUCUAAACUACCCGAAGGUUUCACUUUUUAUAAUUAUACCAAGUAAGCUCCGGAGGAAGACGGGGGCGAAUUUGCAUUUUUACAGUGCGCCGCUCGCAUCCAUGCACCCGUGCAUACCUUCGAUAUAUCAGAGUUGUACAUA